CAAUAAGAGGGUGUGGCCUUUAUACUCAGGGAGAACAGAUAAGCUGAGUUUGCCUUGUAGAGAGGGGCAGGAGUCACAAUCCUGCUGAAGGGGAAGUGGCUUCCAGAACAGACAAGUAAAAACCCAAGAGGACAGCUCAAGAAAAAGUACAGCACGCAGCCAUGAAGGACAAAGUCAGGAGAGGAGGAAAAAAUCAGGCCAAGGCUGAUGUAAUGAGCCUGACUGGCGACAAGGAUGCUGUUGGUAUGAAGUCUAAUGAGGACACAUCGUUCUCUGUGAAGAUCCAGGGAGCAGGAGUAGAGCCAUUUGAGCUGCAGGUCCAUGCAUUUUGGCUUGUACAAGAUGCAGUAAUGACUCUGCUUUCGAGGGAUGAAGUGUUUCCACGGUCAAACUUUACGCUGGCACUAGCUGGUACGACUCUGGACCCCCUCACAGAACUGCAAAGCCUCAAGGGGCUAAAACCAGGAGUCAUCCUUCGACUGGUGGAAGAACCCUACACCGCCCACUCAGCCAGGCUCCAUCUGGCUCGUGUGCUGGAGCUGCUGAGAGCGUCUGGACCUCAGGAUGCACUGAAAGAAGGACGCUCCCCAAGCAUACUGGAGACCCUCACACAUACACACACACCAGACUCCAGCUUACCGAAUGGAAAGAGCCUGAAACGCUCAUUAAGCAACACAAAAACAGAAAAAAACAAUCAGGAUGGAGCCCCACCUGAGUACCUCCUCCCUGGUUCCUCAGAGAGACCUCUCAUGGCCCUGCUACCACACAGCUCCCAACCAGAGGCCCCCAGCUACCUGAGGGACUUGUCUCUCAGCUGUUGGAACCCGGCUCCAGGACACAGGAAGCUGCAGGGAGAUUUCCUGUAUAUCACUGUGGUGACAAUGGAGGGACGACGUUUUGACAUCACAUCCUGUCCUAAAGGUUUCUUCCUCAAUAGAUCUACAGAAGAAAUGUUUGAUCCUCGUCCUACACAGUCUUCCCCAGUCUGUCAUAGUUUGACUGACCUGCUCUGUCACAUCAGCCCUGCCUUCAAACUAACUUUGACCACCCUCAAAAACAGGUCUCAGUUACCUCCAGUAGAGGUGAUGCCCACUCCUUACCACACCCUGAGCUGGCUCGGGCCUCCCUGUGCCUCUCGCACUCACAAAAACACCUUCAGCAGACUGGGAGUGGAUGAACAGUCGGCACAAGAGGCUCCGGACUGGAAUGAGGAGUUGCAAGCUGCCAGAGAUCUUCCACAAGGCACUCUGGAGGAGAGGCUGCAGAGAGACAGAGCUCUGCUCCAGGUGAACUGUGCAUUUGUUAGGGCUGUGAAGCAGGGGGCACAGACUGUUGUAGACAGCUUUGUGGAGCCAGUGAAUGGAAACCCUGAGGACCCAGCUUUUCUGUGGGGCGGUCUGUUCAUGAGCCAGGGGGCAGCAAGCGCAAUGUUUGGUGGGGACAGGGGUCGCAGGGCUGCUCAGAGGCUGGAGCUGAAAGCAGUACAGGCCUACAGUAAUAUCGGGGGGCUGCACACUCUACCUACAGCCGUUGUGGACUACAGAGGAGUGCGUCUGUCUGCCCAGGGUCUUGCCCCUGGGUUGGAAGGCUCAGAGCAGGACCAGGCAUCUGCUCCUGCCUCAAGAGGCUUGCUGUACGGGGUAAAUGCAGGACCUCAAGAGUCCCCCCAACGCAGACGGCUGUUAGAGCUCUUGGCUCAGGCUGCCAAAUCUCUCUCCCUCCAGAGACAUGUUGUUGUGGCGCCCAAUGGUCACAAGGUACCUCUUUUCACCUCAGUGGAAGCUCAGGGGUUGUUGGGGGCUGAUGGGAGGUUCUACAUACUGGAUGUGUUCAGGACCUUCCCAGCUGAUGCCAACUUCUGCCAAGAGGUGGAAACAGAAUGUCAGACAGUCACUGGAGAAGAGGAGAGUGAUAAAUGCUGUGAAGAGGACAAAGAGAAGAAGGGUUGUGUAAAAGAAGGUUGGCCAGAGAAUUAUCACUCAGACUCUGGGUUUCCAAAGAGCUUCCCUCACGGGCUCUGUAGACUGAGGCCAGAGCUGGUGCAGGCUUUCAUUCAGCACAAACAUUGCCAGUUCACACAGCACGUCAGGGAGACGUUGGAUGAGAAUGGAGGCUUUGAAGAAUGUGCAACAGCUUGUGACUCUCGAGCCACUCAGGCAGUACGAGCUGCUUGUAAAGAAGUGGGCUCAGUCAGUGACAUCAUCUUUGAGAUGCGCUUCAACCCAAGCGUCUUUUCUCCAGAAGUGUCCUUCCCUACUGGUGAAAGUAAGUCGACAAAUCUGCAGAAGAAGUUACUGAGGGAAGCAGCAGCUUUCAUCAUCACACAUCAGAUACCAGCCUUUGUGGAGUAUUGCCUACAAAGCAAUGAGGCACCAAUGGAUGGAGUUUCUCUAAAACUGGCCCUACACCAGAGAGGCAUCAACCUCCGGUAUCUGGGCCAUGUCAUCACCACCAUCAGCCAGUCAGAACACAAGGAGCACCUGAGGCAUAUAACAAGAUCGGUCAUAGGGGAAAUUUUCACCCGCUCUACAAGAAGAGUGUUCAACAAUUUCCUUCAGGGUGUGGACGUGCCUAAUCUCUCUGCAGCUGUCAGUCACUUUCUGUGCUGCCUAUUGGUUCCCCACUUCACACCCACUCCUGUGGGGGAGGAGACUAAGAAGAAGUCAAGGAGGCGUGGCCGAGGGGCUGGGGCCCCUGAAAGCAGCACGCCCUGGAGUACGCUCACAGGGUCUGAGCUGUGGAACCUGGUCUGCCAGGAUGCUGCUGAAACAUAUAACAUCUCUGACAGCCUUGGCUCUGGUCCGAACCACCUGGUGGAGCACUACAGCCUUCAGAAGCUCUCUUUGCUCAGAGAGUUCUGUUUAAAGACUGGAAUACAGUUGAGACUGAGAGACUAUGUCUUCGACAACCAAAACAAAGCUCCCAUCGGUCCAGACGACGUCCUCAACAUCUUUCCUGUUGUCAAGCACAUUCACAUGCCAACAGUGGAUGCUUCAAAAGCAUUUAGUGCUGCACAGAACUUCAUUCAAAAGGGUCUACUGGAUCAGGCCCAUGAGCACCUGAAAGAAGCAGCCUACUUGUUUGGUAGGGUGUGUGAUGACCUGCACCCUGAGGCCUGUUACUGCCACAGCAUGUUGGCCAAGGUGGCCUUCGUGCAGGGCAAGGCAGCUGAGGCUCGCAGUGUCCAGCUGAAAGCAGUGGUCAUCAGUGAGAGAGUGCUUGGCUUUGACCAUCCAAACACUAUCCAGCAAUAUGCCCUCUUGGGUGUGUAUGCGUUUGCUGGAGGGGAGACUGCCCUGGCCCAGAAGUGUCUCCUCAGAGCUCGUCUGCUAAUGCUAACAGUCCAUGGAGAGGACCAUCCCUACACUGCAACACUGGAUAGCUGUCUUGGGUUGGUGCUUACAGGAGAUCAGAGAGGGCUGUUCUUACAGAACGCCCUCAGACUCAACACUUCCUUCUUUGGCCCCUCACAUCUGCACACUGCUCUCAGUCAGCACCUGUUGGCCCACUGGAUGUGCAGCAAAGGUGACUACCGAAGUGCUAUGACCCACGAGAAAGAGGCCCUCGCUGCUUUUACCAUGCUUGGAGAGGAUCACCCUCAGACACGCUGCAGCAAAGAGUUUCUGUGCACCAUAACCAAGCAAGCAGUGAAGGUGGAACGUUCUCUCAGACAGGCAGGAGCUGACUGCACGGAGACAGUGGAGUGUCUAACUUCCACAUCUGACACUGUGCUGGAGCAAAUGGUCCUGGUGACAGGGAUCAGGAGCAUCACACACAGAGAUGGCCUUCAGGAGUAUAAGAAGAAACACAAAGAACUAAAGGCAGCGGUGGCAAAAGAACUGGGAUUCAUAGUAACUAACGAGCUUGUCGCCUCAGAGACUGUGAACGGAGAAGAGAAAGGCUCAGAUCAGGAAACAGGAAGCGGGAAGGAAGCUGAGGAUGGAGGAAGCUCAGCAUUAAAGAAUACCAGCAAGAGCCAACAGAAGAAGCCAGUGAAAGAGACCUUGGUGAAGAGUGCUGCCAUAGUUUCAGCUAAUGGUCAUGUGGUGGAGUCAGCUGAAGAGAACCAGCAUGAGGAGAAAACGGAUGUAGAUGGAGGAGACAGUGACAGAGCAGCUUCAGAGGCUGAGGUCAAGAUAGUGAAUGGGGAGUCAAAGGUAAGGGCUGCAGGACAGGAAACUGAGACCAGUGCACCAAAUGAAGUAAACAGCAACACAGCCAAUGGGGAGAUCAAACAUGAUGCAACAAUUGAUGAGAUGAAGUCAGAUGAGGUUAAUGGUAAAAUAAAUGGAGCCUGUAACAUCACUGUAAGCCCAUCAGUCCUUAAAAGUAAAGGAACCUGGGCAGAUGUUGUUUCAAAGGCCAAUGGAGCAGGAAGCAUACACACAGCAGUCAAUGGAGUAGCAGAUAAUGUCACUGCUGAUGAGCUGAAAGCUGAAGAGUGAAAACAUAUCAAAACAGGAAAACAGUGUUGUAGUCAAGUUUUUCCCAAGUCACUGCUGUAAUAAUAAAACUCUCCCAGGAUGCUAGAUGUAAUUUGAGCGAAUGAACAUGAAGCAGGGAACGGAGAGUAAGAGGAUGAUGAGUAUUACUUUGUGCUGGAGAUGUUGUUGCUGAUGCUGGAAGGGGGUUGUACUGUUGAGUGCUAUAUUUUUUUUUCAACAAUAAACUUUUUACUCUGGUUUACCAGUGAUGUUGCUUGUUUUGGGACAUACAUACAUUGAAUAUAUGCAUGUAAACAUGUGUGAAGGUAUAAUGCAAAUAAACCACCUGCAAAUAAG